ACAUGUCAUAUUCAACUGAUAUUGCGCGAUCGUAAAUUCCUUAUUCUGCGCUCUGGCACACUGGUCUGAAAUCGUAGUAGAUAGCAAGAGUGAAUUUACGAACGCAACCGAAGUAGAUUUCCAGAACGAAUUUACGAACUCUGACACUAGAUUUUUUUUUAAUGAAGCUCAGUGGUCAUAUACCCGCUUUCACUUGCUAGUUGAAACUCAGGCAUUUCCAACUUUCUGAAUAAUUGAACGCCGCACGGGUAUAAUGACAACCAGUUCGCAAGUAAGACAUUUUCAGGUUUUCUAAAUCCGACUCGAACAUGACCGCGGCAUUAUAUGGUUGUGUCACGUCCGAAGCGUUAUACGUCAUUACGUGAUAUUGUUACGUCGACACGUUGUGUCGAAUCGAAGUGUUACACCAGACAGUGAAUAUUAAUUUCAGGGUUAGCCAACACACCAUUUUGAAUCUGUGCUCAAAAGCCAGCUGGCUAGCUUACAUUAGCAUUUACAGUGUGCUAGUAGUGCUGCUGGAGAGAAGAAAUCAAGCUCCAGCAAUGUCAAUGUGGAAGGGACUGCACUUGACAGCGCGUGCCGCUCAUGGAAUUCAUGUUUCCUCGCGAUUUAUCCAUAAACACACGCGACUCUGCACCCGAAACAUCAGUACUAGUAGACCCGUGCAAAAUGAUUUCUUCAAAGAUCUCGAGAACCAGUUCAAAGCGUUCAGGGAGAAAGCGGCAGACGCCAUGCCUGGCAGUGACUGGACUCCUUUUGAGAAGAACUCCUCACUCCCCCCUGAGAGGGCGGACAUCGUGAUCGUAGGAGGUGGCGUGGUGGGCUGGUCCAUUGCCUAUUGGCUGAAGCAGAAAGAGAUGAUUCGGGACGGGGUGCGGGUGCUGGUGGUUGAGAGGGACCCCACUUACUCCCAGGCCUCCACGGUGCUGUCUGCUGGGGGGAUUCGACAGCAGUUCUCCUUGCCAGAGAACAUCCACCUGUCCAUGGCCUCGGCUGACUUCAUGAGGAACAUCAAUGAACACUUGAGUGUGCUGAAUGACGACCCCGUGGACUUGCAGUUUAACCACUCCGGAUAUCUUUUUCUGGCCAGUGAAAAAGUGGCUCAUAUCAUGGAAGAAAACUACAGCACCCAAAGGUAUGCUGGAGCAAAAGUCUCUCUUCUUUCACCUACACAACUAAAGGAGAAAUGUCCAUGGAUCAACACUGAUGGAGUAGUGCUGGCUUCAUAUGGGCUGGAGAACGAGGGCUGGUUCGACCCCUGGAUGCUGUUGAACGCUUUCAGACGGAAGGCCAUCUCCAUGGGGGUCUACCAGUGCUUUGGAGAAGUCACAGGUUUUAGUUACACCACAAACACAAUGACGACUGCAGAAGGAGACCAGGUGGAUUUUAGGAGAAUCAAAUAUGCUAAUGUCCAGAUGCCCAACAGUCUGGAGUACCAGCCUGUGGAGUGUGCCAUCGUGGUGAACGCUGCAGGGGCCCUCUCCGGUAAGGUGGCAGAGAUGAUGGGCAUCGGGCUCGGCCCGAAAGACACCAUCGCUGGAAUCCCACUACCCGUGGAGCCCAGGAAAAGGUUCAUCUAUGUGGUCCACUGUCCAAACGGGCCAGGGCUGGACACACCCUUCCUCGUAGACUACUCUGGAGUGUACUUCAGACGAGAGGGGCUGGGAGGAAACUACAUUGCUGGGAUGUCACCAGAAGAGGAAGAGGAGCCAGAGACCAAUAACCUGGAGGUGGACCACCAGUUCUUCCAGAACAUCUGGCCUCAUUUGGCCCACCGGGUACCUGCCUUUGAGUGCCUCAAGGUGAAGAGCGCAUGGGCCGGCUUCUACGACUACAACACCUUUGACCAGAACGGUAUCGUGGGCAUGCACCCGCUGGUCAACAACAUGUUCUUUGCCACAGGCUUCAGUGGGCACGGGCUGCAGCACUCGCCGGCAGUAGGUCGCGCCAUGGCCGAACUCAUCCUGGAUGGGGGCUUCAAGACCCUUGACCUGAGCGCCUUCAGCUUCAAACGCAUCAUGACCAAGGAACCCAUAUUAGAGAGGAACAUUGUCUGAGAGGGAGAGUCUGACAUUUUUACGAAGGGAGGAAAGAGGAAUGCCUUGUCGCAUUCUACAGUCUUGUGGGAAAUAUGGUCUCGAAAUAAGAGUUUGCCAAAGUUUCUGGUAAGGUGAAUGGUGUCCUAUUAAUUUCUUCACUAAAGUGCAUGAGGGAGUAACUGAACAUUUCACAAGCUCAAUUCUGUGGUCUACCGGUGAAACCACAUGGCAGCGGCCUCAGCCAAAGUGCUUUGCACUUAAACACAGUCACCCAUUGCUUGGGAGUGCUCAGAACACCGACCGCAAGACUGAAUGGGAAAAAAUGGGAUGCGUCAGAAAUGCAUCUCAGGAACGAGUGAGGGACUUUGUGGAGUGAGGAAGAGAAGAGGGUAGAAGAAAGAGCCUUGACAGCAAACAUGGACUUCUGAUGUAAGCAUGGAAUUUAGGAUGCCCAAUAUCUAACCUACUGUACAAAGAGUAAGGUACUGACAUACAAUGCGUUAGCACAAUUAGAAAGGCUUUUAGUUGGAUAUUGGAGUAAUUUCCAUUCCUCCGAUGGUAAACCUGUAUUGAAUGGCUUGAUUAUGCAUAUUUUUUAUUUUAUUUAACCAUUUAACCUAGACAUGCCACUUUACUCUUGAUCACGUAAGCAUUCAACUGUAUUUGUAUAAGAAAAAGUGAAGUUGGAAGUUUACAUACACCUUAGCCAAAUACAUUUAAACUCAGUUUCACAAUUCCUGACAUUUAAAUCCUCACUUUAUUCACCACUUUAUUUUAAGAAUGUGAACUGUCAGAAUAAUAGGAGAGUGACUUACUUCAGCUUUUAUUUCUUUCAUCACAUUCCCAGUGGGUCAGAAGUUUACUGAAUUAGUAUUUGGUAGCGUUGCCUUUUUAAAUUUGGGUCAAAUAUUUUGGAUAGCCUUCCACAAUAAGUUGGCUAAAUUUUGCCCCAUUCCUCCUGACAGAGGACAUGCUUUUUCAGUUCUGCCCACAAAUUUUCUAUAGGAUUGAGGUCAGGGCUUUGUGAUGGCCACU